ACUUUUGAAUUUCAAAACUAAUAUUUAAGUUUGGUCUUCUUCCCUGGUGACGGCAGGCAGUAACAGUAACAACAUCAUGUUGCCGCUAGUUUUGCGUUGCUAGGGAACUGGAAUGCCGUGCAGAAGAACACCGGGUUGGCGCGUUGCGGUAAGAGCUGCCGGCUCAGGUGGGCUAACCAUUUGCGUCCCAACCUUAAGAAAGGCGCUUUCUCACCGGAGGAGGAAAGGAUCAUCGUCGAGCUCCAGGCCAAGCUUGGCAACAAGUGGGCACGCAUGGCCACUCAGAGUGAAGCGACGGCAGCACCAAAGCCUCCCCCUUUAUCCUCCGGACAUCCAACCUGUCAACCACCACCAGUUGUCGUCGCCGCCGCAGAACCAACAUUUUCCCCAUUACCAAACACAUUCGGAGCCCGCCACAUCCAUCUCCUCCGCCCCGACUACACCCACCGCUUUCUCCUUCCAAACAACGCCAACCCUUCACGUCCCCACCACCCCAACGCCGCCGUCUCUCCACAGCUCACACUGCACAACUCCGACCACUCUCAACAGCUCGCACCACACAACCACCCCUAUGCUUCUCAACCCAACUCCGCCGAACGCCUCCCCGCUCCCCUCCCCGCACACCCCUGUCUACCCAACUCUCCCUCUCUUCGAUUUCUCCGCCUCCGCAUCCAACCCUUCCACCUCCACCACUAAUUCCAGCUUCUUCUCACCCAGAACCCCACCUUUCCUCCAGACCCCUCCUCGAUUCAAGCGGCUUCACCGUCAACUCGACUGCGAGAAUAGCAACAACAGUAGCUUUAAUUUUAACCCUGCCAAUGCCACCGCCACCAGCGGCUCAACCACCUCCAGCUUUGCCUUCCCUUUUUCACCUUUGUUGAGAAGCUCUUCUUUUGGACAUACCACUGCUGCCACUUCAAUGCCCAUCUCCACUCACUAUCCUUCCUUCGCCUCGAAACCAUUUUGUUUCGAUCCAUCUACAUCAUUAAGAACAGUUGGCUCCCAUUUGGAUUUGGGACAGCUCGCCUCUAUUCCCGACUAUGUUUAUCCCACUAACGAGUAUCAGAAUUUGGGCGAGUCCAGUGGUGGAAGCGGAUUGUUAGAGGAUUUGUUGGAGGAGGCUCAAGCAAUGGCAGGCAGCAGCAAUGGUUUUGGGAGGCAGACUUGCUUCAGCUCGCAAGAGGAGAAGCAAGUCCUGGAUGGGUUCUGCCCUUGGGGAGAUUCAAGCUCUGUGGUAUUGAGACCAAAGGAAGAAACCGCAGACCAGAUGCAAACUGCACAUGAAGACUUGUCACAGCAGGACAAUGUUAUCCCUUCUCCCAUGCAAGUUCAUGAGUGGUACACCGGGGAUGGUAGGGAGGCCUCUAACGGGCAAUCUUCUGUAGUGACGGACGAUAAUCUUGGGCUCGAUAUGCAUCAAUUAGCAUCUCUAUGUCCCAUGGACACCACAGCUGACCAUGGAAGGGUCCCUAGCUGGGACAACUUCCCUGGAAUUCACUGACAUGCACAACUCAUGUAAACAGAAAAGGUGGAUAGGCUUUACAUUUUGUUCUAUCUUUGCUGAUAUAUAUGAUAUUUUUUUGUAUUUGGUAUGAUUGUAUAUUCUGUAAUAAAGAUAAUAAAAUAAGAAUCUUAAU